AUGCUGCGGACUAUUAUGAGCCUUAGAAAUGAAAAGGAUGCAUUUAUCACAUUCAAAGACUUCAUCGGUCCCAGUAUCACGAUGCUGCGGUAUACCGGAAUGCCGACUAUUAUGAUCCUUAGAAAUGAAAAGGAUGCAUUCAUCACAUUCAAAGACUUCAUCGGUCCCAGUAUCAUGAUGCUGCGGGCCAUUAUGAGCCUUAGAAAUGAAAACUAUACAUUUAUCGCAUUCAAAGACUUCAUCGGUCCCACUAUCAUGAUGCUGCGGUAUACCGGAAUGCCAUUAAAGAGUGCCAAUUGUGUUUUUAGUACUAUUAUGAUCCUUAGAAAUGAAAAGGAUACAUUUAUCACAUUCCAAAAAUUCAUUGGUCCCAAUAUCAUGAUGUUGCGGUAUACCGGAACCCCAUUUAUGUGUGCCAAUUGUGUUUUUAGGACUAUUAUGAUCCUUAGAAAUGAAAAGGAUGCAUUCAUCACAUUCAAAGACUUCAUCGGUCCCAGUAUCAUGAUGCUGCGGUAUACCGGAAUGCCAUUUAUGGACUGCGUUUUCACCGGGACAAAAGAAACGCCUACAACUUUGGAAAGGACAACAGCUGCAUUGAUUAUCUUGGGGAUGAUCCUGGUGAUAGGUUUGUCGAUGAGAAGUGUGGCAUACAUCUGGGACGAAGACCCUAAGUACGCAUUAACCAUCCUUUCCUCGUUAUUAACUAUAACGCACACCACGUUAAAGGGGAUUCGAUUUCUACAGAAGCGAAUAGAACUAAGAGAUGUUUUUCAAAGAAUGGCGUCCCUCUGGGACAACUCACUUCAACCGAGCUUGCAAAUAAACGACGUUCAAUGGAUGUUUAACAGUUUAAUUAUUCUUCGAAAUGCCUAUUUCGCUAUCAUUGUAUCAGGAGUAACUUUUUACAGUCUACCUGUUUAUAUAGACAUCAGCGUUCAAUAUUUCAUAACGAAGAAUGAAAACAAUUCGUACAACUAUACCCAGACAAUAUUUCCAAUGAUCUAUCCGUUUCCACUAAAAAGUGCCUUUGUCUACGUUGCUGUUAUCACUGCGCAACAAAUCCUCGCUGUUAUUAUAAUAACGAUGUGGGCAUCCUGCGAUACAUUGUUCGCACAUAUGGCUACUUAUGCUGCGAUGAAAUUCCGGGUCCUACGUCACGAGCUGGAGAACAUUUUUAAGGACGAAGACAUGACUCCGUCUGACGAUGUGGUCGGCUUAAAGAUCGUCGUUCUUAUUGGACAUCACUUGGAACUAUUCAGUUUAUGUAACUCGAUCGAAGAGAUAUUCAGUCCUCUGAUGAUGCUGACAAUGGUGAUUUGCGCCGGCAAUAUGUGUAUCACCAUGCACGAAAUAGAGAAGGUCACCUAUUCGUGUCUUCAUCGCGACUAUAUAGAAUUUACAAUGAACGUCGUGCACCUUUUCGGACAGUUCUUGAUGGCCAUAACAUGUUGUGCGUACGCAACAAUGUUAACCAAUCAGGCAAGUUUAUGUUUACUCACGUCAAUGUUGUUGGGAAUUGUUAAUACAUAUUUACUGUUGAUUUUUAUACAGACGGAGGGAGUCAGUCUGGGUGUUUACGAGUCCAACUGGUUCGGGUCUCGUUCUUUAGUGAAAAUGCUCAUCAUUAUAAUGAUGCGUGCCCAGAGGCCCUUCUAUUGUACGGCGUAUGGUUUUUUCCCCCUCAACCUGAAUCAAGUCACAACGAUUUUCAGCUCGGCGUUGUCGUACUUUUCCAUGCUACGGACGAUGGCAUAACCUUGAAGUGUUGGUGUUGUAGUUCUUGUAAUAAAUUAAAUCCUUCGUCACAACUUCUAUCGCAAUUUCCACAUUUAUCAGUGUUAGAGAAAACUUAAGACUUGUUAUGAAUUCUGUUAUAAUAAAGCAGACCCUGUACAUGGAAUUUAAUCCUUCUUUGCUAAUAUGUGGUAUUAGUCGCGGUUGUUUAUUGUCAGCAAAUGUGUAUGACAUAACGUGUAUGAAGCUAUGCGAAAUAUCUUCAUUGCAAAUAAAAAUGAGAAACAUUACCUGUUUUUAUA